GCAGAAUCCAACGGACAAUCACCUUCUCCAGCACCACCACGACCAAGGCGGAGCAGCUGGUGUCAGGCAGGUGACAGCCGCCGCCGCUAGGCGGCCGGAGGCGGAGCCCGAGAAGGGCUUACUAAUUGUGCUUCGAUCUAGCUCGAGAGCUUCGAUUUUCGUUCGAUCUCCGAGUUUCGAUGAUGCGCGGAUAUCGGAAGUGCUCGCCGGAAGCUAAGCUGGAGGGUAUUUCGGUGGAAAUGCCAACUAGUGUAGUUGAAGGAAAUGGUGCUGUCACUGGUCACAUUAUAUCCACCACAAUUGGAGGCAAGGACGGAGAGCCCAAAAGGACAAUUAGUUACAUGGCAGAACGGGUUGUGGGCACUGGAUCAUUCGGAAUAGUUUUUCAGGCAAAGUGCUUGGAAACUCGGGAGACUGUAGCAAUAAAGAAAGUUCUGCAGGAUAGACGUUUCAAGAAUCGUGAACUACAAUUAAUGCGCUUGAUGGAUCAUCCGAAUGUUGUUUCUUUAAAGCAUUGCUUCUUUUCUACAACUGCCCGAGAUGAACUUUUCCUUAAUCUAGUAAUGGAUUAUGUCCCUGAGAGUUUGUAUAACGUUUUAAGGCAUUACACUAAUUCAAAUCAGAGAAUGCCCCUCAUAUAUGUCAAACUUUAUACAUAUCAGAUUUUAAGAGGCUUGGCUUAUAUGCACAACGUUCCAGGGGUCUGCCAUAGAGAUGUGAAACCCCAAAAUCUUUUGGUUGAUCCUCUCACCCAUCAACUCAAGAUCUGUGACUUUGGAAGUGCAAAAGUUUUGAUCAAGGGUGAAGCUAAUAUUUCAUACAUCUGCUCUCGUUACUACCGGGCUCCAGAACUUAUAUUUGGUGCAACGGAAUACACAACAUCAAUUGAUAUUUGGUCAGCCGGUUGCGUUCUUGCUGAGCUUCUUCUGGGACAGCCACUAUUCCCCGGAGAAAAUGCAGUAGAUCAACUUGUAGAAAUUAUCAAGGUGCUUGGUACUCCAACUCGAGAAGAAAUUCGAUGUAUGAACCCAAAUUAUACUGAUUUUAGGUUCCCUCAAAUUAAAGCUCAUCCCUGGCACAAGGUUUUCCACAAACGAAUGCCCCCUGAAGCAAUUGAUCUUGCUUCGCGCCUUCUCCAGUAUUCACCAAGUUUUCGUUGUUCUGCUCUUGAAGCAUGUUCACAUCCCUUCUUUGCUGAGCUUCGGGAGCCUAAUGCCCGCCUUCCUAAUGGCCGCCCUCUCCCCCCGCUUUUCAACUUCAAACAGGAAAUAGCUGGAGCUUCACCUGAGUUGAUCAACCGGUUGAUUCCAGAGCACGUUCGACGGCAAACUGGUUACCAUUUCGCCCACCCUACAUAAUUUAUUGAUAGAGGGUAGAAGUACCUAUCUGGAAUUGAAGUACUUAGGAGGUAUGGAUGUGAAGUUAUCGCGCAAGCCCUUCAUCAAUUAAUGUAACCAAGGUGUUUUGCCCGACCCGCUGCAACUAUCUACACCCGUUAAACUUGCACGCUUGUACUCGCCCCAUCCGGCUCCCCGAGAAACUGGCUGAUGCUGUCUUCUGCAUCAUCACAUCAGCUAGAGUAGCCUACUUCUUUGCUCAUGUACAUCAUUUUGAUCAAGGGUUUUUAGUGAUUUAGGAUACAAUAUAUAUAUUAUAAUGUCUAGUUAGACAGACAGGCUGGAGAAGUGUCUGUGAGAGGUUUAUUGUAGUUUGGUUUGUGCUUUUUCACAUGAUGUUGUUCCUAGUAAUGUAAACCUAUGGGAUUCUCAUGUCUAGAGUUGGCUUAGAAGUUUAAUGCUUUCUUCCUCAUAUUCCCCAA